UGUCUUGAAUGCAGCACAAAACAAGGAAGUUCCUCAAAUACACACGAUGAUCAUAUGACACAAAGUUACGCAUAUAUGCAUUAGAAAUUAAAAGCUUGAAUUAUUUCUUGCUCAUUUUUAAAAUGUUCACGCUUAAGCGUAAGUGAAGUGAAAACAGUUGCCAGGAGAGUAAGCGGAGAAUCAAAGAAACUUCCUCUAAAUUGAUGCUACUCACAUGACAACAGUGCAGCGAUGCGACUGGUGUGGACUACAACUCUAAUUCUGUUGUGCACUUUAUUAAUAUCUUGUUUUGCGACGGACAGACUAUCAAAUGUCUCAUCUCCAAACAUCAUCAUCAUGCUUAUGGAUGACAUGGGCUGGGGGGACCUGGGGGUUUUGGGGCAGCCCUCGAAGGAGACCCCCCACCUGGAUGCCAUGGCAGCUCAGGGGAUGCUCUUCCCCAACUUCUACACCGCCAACCCGCUCUGCUCCCCAUCCAGAGCUGCACUUCUCACUGGGAGGCUGCCUGUCAGAAAUGGUUUCUACACCACUAAUGCCCACGCCAGAAACGCAUAUACACCUCAGGAGAUAUUGGGUGGAAUCUCCAACGAGGAGAUUUUGUUACCACAGAUGCUGAAGAAAAAGGGUUAUGCCAGCAAGAUAGUCGGGAAGUGGCAUCUGGGCCACAGACCAAAGCACCUUCCUCUGAAGCAUGGUUUUGAUGAAUGGUUUGGUGCACCAAACUGCCACUUUGGUCCUUAUAAUAACACCAUCAGACCCAACAUCCCCGUCUACAACAACUCUGAGAUGCUUGGGAGAUACUAUGAGGAAUUUACAAUUGACAGAAAGACUGGGGAGUCAAACCUUACACAGAUGUACUUGCAGGUGGGUCUUGAAUUCAUCCAUCGUCAGACUAAAGCCCAGCAGCCUUUCUUGCUCUACUGGGCACCCGAUGCAACCCACGCCCCCGUCUAUGCCUCCAAACACUUCUUAGGAAAGAGUCAACGAGGCCGUUAUGGAGAUGCAGUGAUGGAGUUGGACUACAGCGUUGGUCAGAUCUUGUCAUGGCUGCAGACUCUGGGUAUUGAGAACAACACCUUUGUCUUUUUUACCUCAGACAACGGAGCAGCUUUGAUGUCUGGCCCAAAUGAAGGUGGCAGCAAUGGGCCGUUUCUCUGCGGGAAGGAGACCACCUUUGAAGGGGGGAUGAGAGAGCCUGCCAUUGCCUGGUGGCCUGGACACAUCAAAGGAGGCACGGUGAGUUACCAGCUGGCCAGUGUCAUGGACCUGUUCACCACCAGUCUGGCCCUGGCCGGCAUCAGCGCUCCUGGUGACCGAAUCGUGGACGGAGUGGACCUGAUUCCUGUCUUGCUCAACCACUCUCACACACUCCGAGACAGGCCGAUAUUCUACUACCGUGGAAAUGAGCUGAUGGCAGUGAGGCUCGGACAGCACAAGGCCCACUACUGGACCUGGACCAACUCCCGGGAGGAGCUGAAGAGUGGUAUCAACUUCUGUCCAGGUCAAGAGGUCGAGGGUGUGACUACUCAUGAUCAGAAGGAACACACGCUGCAGCCAAUCAUUUUCCACCUGGGGCAGGACCCUGGAGAAAAGUACCCGCUCAGCGUUUUGACUAAGGAGUACCAGGACGCCCUGCGCAGCAUCUCUGAAGUCGUGCAGCAGCAUGAGAAGACUCUGGUCCCUGGCAUGCCGCAGCUCAACAUGUGUGACGUGGCAGCGAUGAACUGGGCGCCUGCUGGCUGUGAGAAGUUAGGAAAAUGUCUGAACGUGCCCAAGUCUCAACCCUGGAAGUGUCAGUGGCCACACUGAGAGCAAAGCUGCAGCCCUCGACAGAGAAACAACCAACCUGUUUGUUGAAAUCUUUCUAAAACUAAUUAAAAUGUAUGUUGAAGAACCGGACAUUGGUUAAAAAAAAAACAAAGGAAUUAUUUUGGUAUAGCAUCUUCAAAAUAGUUGUGAGAUGAAAAGAAAUGCUGUAUUAAAGAUUAAGAUUUUUUUUAAUGGUGGACAGUAGAAAGGGCGAUGUAUUUAUGAUCAUUCUGCUGUGGAAAAAAAUGCACAAAUAUAUGAAGUCCAUUCAGUGUCUUAUGUUCUGUAAAUGAUAAAUUAUAUUUGUUGUAUAAUGGGAGUUUGGGAUUUAUAAACCCUUGACUCCGACAGAUGGAAGUUUCCAUUAUAUUGUAACAAAGAAGGUUCACCCUUUUUCACUUCAUAAGUUUUUACAUAUCUUGACAGGAUGAAAUAAAAAAACAAUUUGUUUUUCAGUUUAAGUAUUUAAUGAAAACAAAAAUAAUUUGUAGUAAUUUGUGGAAAACUGAAUACAACCUUAGUACUUCCAGGGGAAUUAAGAUAUGAAAUGACAUCCAGAUGCUGUUCAUGUGUUUUAUGAACUGAUCAGCAGCAAGUGUUCAUCACUUUUGUUUGCCCUUCUGGAGCAUUCAGGUAUGAUGAAGAGAAAAGCUGUCAGCAAUAAUGCUAGUAAAGGAAUUCCUGCUCGCCAUCUGGAGACUUAAGAUGUCUGACUUGUUUGGGGCAGCCUCUAGUCUGUCAAAACAUCAUAACUAUGGGUUUUUUCUUCUUUUUUUUUGGACUAAUGAGCCUACAGUGAAAAUGUUUUUUUCUUAUUUGCACCUCAUAAUAACCACGAAGCAUGGUGGUGGCGGGAUGAUGGUUUGUUUUACAAUUGACAUAUGAUAGAACUCAAACAUAGUCAAACUAGAGUUAAGUUAGUCACUGAUUGUUGUGGACAAUAUUAAAGUUUCUUGGAGGAUGUUGCUUCACUGCAGUUGGGUGUUGUGGUGGCUGCCUUCUUGUACAAAAUGGAUAGAGUAAUGAAGGAUGAGGACUAUUGCUGACAUCGUCAUCAAAUCCUCAAAUCAUCUUUCAGUCUUCCAAGAAAAAGCAACUCUAAACACACUUAAAAGCUGGUUGUAGAAUAAAGUAUUUGAACUGUAAGGAUUAGGUCCAGUUUAGCUGAACUCAAACUUUGAUCAAAAGUAGUCAUUUUUUCCAAUAAUUCAACAGACGAUUCUAGUUAAUGUACAGUUUGUUGAGGGAUAUUUAAAUUACAACUUAAAGUUUUCUGACUUUUGUAUAAUUUGUACCGCAUGUUGAUUUUGGAUGAUUAAAAAAAAAGUUGAUUUUUUGCCAUUAAAGAUGUAUUUUACAAUCAA